AUGGCGCUGCGGGGUUGCGCUGUGUGCUGCGCGCGAGCAGCCGGUCGCGGGAGGCGAGGCUGCCGGGUGGACCGCGGCGGGCGUUGGGCCGGGGCGCGGGGCGAGCGGGGCGCGAAGCACCCGGGGUCGCGCGGGCGGGUGCGCCUAUUAUGGGAGCUGCUGUAUGCCGAGCUGGUCGGCGCGGAAGCCGUCGCCGCACACCCCGCGCGCCCGGAUUUUACUAACUGGGCCGCAGCCCAACAUCAGCCAGGCCACCGUGCUCCCCUGCCCCGGCCAUGGCCGCCCCGCCCCCGGCCGCCCUCUCCUCGCCCCGCUCCGGCCCCGGCCGCGCCGCCCCCGGCCGCCCUCACCCCCGCCCCGCUCCCGGCCGCCCUCGCCUCGUCCUGCUCCGGCCAUGGCCGGGCCCGCCCCGGCCGCCCUCGCCCCGCCUCGGCCCCGGCCACGCCGCCCCGGGCCGCCCUCGCCUCGCCCCGCCCCGGCCCCGGCCGCCCUCGCCUCGCCCGCCCCGCUCCCGACCGCGCCGCCCUCGCUCCGCCCGGCCAUGGCUGCGCCGCCCUCGCCCGCCUCGCUCCGGCUCACCCGCCCCGCUCCGGCCGUGCUCGCGCCGCCUCGGCCGCCCUCGCCUCAGCCCCGGCAGCGCUCGCCCAGCCCCGCCUCGGCUGCGGUUCGCCGGAAUUUAGCCGGAUUCCGGCGAGGCAAAUCGCGAAACGAUUAUACAAAGACGUGAAGAACGACUCGAAGAUCGAGAAUCCAUGGACAAGGAAGUAUUACCAUGAAACAUAUCCACAAUCUUUGUUCCACCAGGACAUCGGGUACGGGCGGACGAUCUCAUCCAAGCUUGCCGCAAACUCUGCCAACGCAACCAUGUCUCGUCCAUGGAGCAUCACUCCUUCAUUCUAUGGGAUGCAAGGCACCCCGGAUGCUUGGAGGAAGGACGCUACAAGGGAGAAGGAGGCGAAACGAUGGAGGGACGAAAGUGACCCAGAAGAUGGUUUCAAGCUGAGAGAGAAGAUCAUUGGAGUUUGGAAAACUUUUGGUUUGGUUGUAGGUACGGAUGAUGACUAUGAUGAAAUCAAUAUGAGAAUCGAAGAAGAUGAGGGACUAUGCCUCAUCAAAAAGUUGAAGAUGGAAGACCAGGACAGGCAGGAAUCCCUGGAUAAACUGGACAAGCACAUCAAGAUAAUCGAAGAGAAGGCCUGGAAAAAGACACUUGAAGUGAGCAAGAACUACAUUGCUCUUCUGGAGAAAUUGGCUAAAGAGCGUUCUGUCCACAUCAUCUACCUCGAAGCCUUCACAAUCGCGUUGUAG